UCCAGUCAGUCUGAUAUUGAAAGUAUAUAAAUAUACUCUGUUACGAGAAAACUGAACAAUGCAAUUAAUAUUUUACUGACUUUAUUUCGAAAUUAAAUAACGAAAUGAACGCUUAAAAUACUCUUAUUACGUACACAGUGACGUAACGUUAACUAACUCGCUCACUAUUGCAUGUGAGCAAAAGGAAAAAAUAAAAGUUGAGCCACUCAAGAGCUGUGAAUAUCAUUUGCAUCAAAAUGUCAACUCCAGAUGCAUUCAAAGUUGGCUCUUUAAACGGCAAAGUCACGCUGAUCACCGGCGCAAGUUCAGGAAUAGGAGCGGGCACAGCCGUGCUCUUUGCCAAACUGGGCGCCCGGCUGGCGCUGAAUGGACGAGAUGUGGACAAUCUCACCAAAAUCGCCAAAGAGUGUGAAGCGUGUGGGGCAGAUAAACCCUUAUUAGUGCCAGGAGACUUAACAGAUGAGGACAUUGUGAAGAAGACAGUGGAAGAGGUCAUCGCUCACUUUGGGAAGCUGGAUGUCCUCAUCAACAGUGCAGGAAUCCUCGCCAUGGGCAGUAUAGAGACAACAGACAUGGCCCAGUAUGACAAGGUCAUGUCUGUUAAUGUCAGAUCAGUAUAUCAUCUUACGCAUCUCUGUGUGCCACAUCUCAUCAAAACAAAAGGCUCGAUUGUGAAUGUGUCCAGUGUGAAUGGGCAACGAUCAUUUCCUGGUGUACUUGCCUACUGUAUGUCCAAAUCAGCCAUCGACCAGUUCACACGCUGCAUUGCUCUUGAGUUAGCAUCAAAGCAAGUACGUGCCAACUCAGUCUGCCCAGGAGUAAUUAUAACAGAAGUUCACAAGCGUGCAGGACUUGAUGAGGACCAGUACGCUCAGUUCCUUGAGAAGUGCAAGGUGACACAUGCUCUCGGCAGACCGGGUGAAGUAGAGGAAGUAGCUCAUGCUAUCGCCUUCCUGGCAUCUGAUGCUGCAACAUUUAUAACAGGUGUCAAUCUGCCAGUGGACGGAGGUCGACAUGCUAUGUGUCCACGGUAAUGCUCCACCAUUGUGAUACAGCUCUGUCAUAGUGUUGUGUCAUAAAAGCAAACAAAAUAAACAUAGUUGGAAUCA